ACAUGCAUCUCAGCAUAGUGUCUCUUCUUUGCGCUGUUGCCUACGGCAUAAACCGUAUUUCAGGUCCAAAUCUCAAAGCUGUUAACUUUGCCGGAAAGAUAAAAAGACAAAAGCUGAACGGAAGCCUGAUAAGAGAUAUAGAAGUGGAUUCGGAAAGUUCCUGUCAGUUUGAGUGUGUGUAUGAAGAGCGAUGUCAGUCUUACAACUUUGGAACCGUAAAGGGCGACUCAAACAAAUUCAAGUGUCAACUAAGCGACUCUGACCGAUUUGCUGGAUUUGCUAACUUUAUCGAGGAUAAAGAUUUCAUUUACAGGGGAAUAAAGAGCGCGUGUGAAGAAGACAGUUUCCGAUGUGGUGAUCACAGUAUAUGCGUUCCCAACUAUCAAGAUGACAGCAUUCGAUGCCAGUGUAAGCAUGGCUUCACAGGAAAACCUUGCGAACCGAAAAGCUGCUCUCAAUUGUUUCAAGAUGGUUUCAAUUCGGCUUAUACUAUUUUGAAAUUUGAGCUGGCUGAGUUCUACUGUAACAACUGA